AUGGCAAGUGGGGGGUACUCACAGCCGGCCACCAGCUCCUGGGAGGUGUGGCUGGGAAACGGGGACAAGGACGCUGCUCCUAAGGCUGUGAUGAUGGAGGUGACGCUCUCAAUUAAGCCCAAGGCGAAAGGUAUCACUCUCCAUGACCUGUACACGGCCCCUGACUCCUGUGAGGGACGCUGCGGGGAGCCCUACAACGAGGAGGACGAGUGCCAUUGCGACACCGACUGCGAGAGGCACCACAGCUGCUGCGAGGAUUACUACAGGCACUGCUGGCCUGAGGGCUUCUCCAGCAGCCGCGAUGCCAUCACCGACGAGGAUCUCCUGCGCAUCUCGGAGCAGCUUUACAAGGCGGACCACAACAAAGCCAAAAUGACCGACAUCGUCCUCAACCCCCAGUACCAGGCUUCCCCCGACGAGACGGGUGACCAGGAGGACCGGUCCCCGCAGCCGCUCUACAAAUACGUCAACGAGGAGCUCUUCUCCAAACCCACCUACGCCAGCUUCAUUAAGCUGCUGGAUAAUUACCAGAGGGUGACGGGCAGGGAGGAGGAGGUGACGGCGGAGGAGCUGCGGGAGCAGGACAACUUCCUCAAGGAGGUGAUGAAAACCGAGCUCAUGAAGAAACUCUUCGCCUUCCUCCACAAAAAAAACCGCUACGGCUCCGAGCAGGAGUUCAUUGCUGAUCUGAAGGAGAUGUGGUUCGGGCUCUACUCCAGAGGCGAUGGUGAGCAGGACUCCAGUGGCUUCGAGCACGUCUUCUCAGGGGAGGUGAAGAAAGGGAAGGUGUCUGGGUUUCACAACUGGAUCCGCUUCUACCUCCUGGAGAAGCAGGGCAUCGUCAACUACUUCAGCCACAACUUCAAUGGGCCGUGGGACACCUACCCCGACGUACUGGGGCUCCAGUUCAACUGGGACGGCUUUUACAAGGAGGUGGGCUCUGCCUUCAUCGGCAGCAGCCCCGAGUUUGAGUUCGGCCUCUACACCUUGUGCUUCAUCGCACGGCCGGGGAGGGCAUGUCACCUCAGCCUGGGUGGCUACAGCCUCAGCAUCCAGACCUACACCUGGACCAAGUCCACCUACGGUAACGGCAAGAAGUUCAUCGCCACCGCCUAUGUGAUCUCACCCUGA